ACUGCUGCAACACCACCAGAAAAAAAACAUAAUCGUAAAAAAGUGACACACACGCCAUAAUGUAAAUUGCUUCUAGAUUUGGCGUUUGAGUUAAAAAAUCUACUUUUUGAUGCUAAAAAUUCGUUUAAAAUGUAUACAAACGACAUCUAAAAUGUCCCUAGUAAAUAUUGUUCCUUUAUUUUAGGCUAAGUGUUUGCAAUGGCUCAGUUUUACCAGAUAGUUGGACAAGGGCAAUCAUUCACAUUAGAGGAUCUUCAAAGAUACUGUCCAAACAUAUGCUUGGAUGGAAUUAUAGUUAACCAAGAUGAACAACAAUAUGCUCAACAGCAGGUUGUGGUACAACAAGCCGACCAGCCUAAUGAUAUCAUAGUGAGUGAAGGAGUGCAACAACAGCUUGUUGUUGGUGAUGGCUUGCAAUAUCAACAACAAUACAUCAUCAGGCAUGAGCCCCCGCCUCCACCUCCUCCGAGACCUGAGUUUCAACAACAACAACAGCAACAGCAGCAGAACCAACAACAUCCACAACAACAGGCCCUACAUAGACAUCAAGUUUACUACACAUCCGAUUUACCUGUGGAUGCUCAGGUUGUGUUGCAACAGGCUCAACAGAUCAUUGACGCAUCUUUGAUGCAACAGUCAUCUCCACAGCGCCCUCAACAUCAGUUGGUGACGCCGGCGCAUGUUCUGUCGCAGCCCACCGUCAUCCACCCGGCGCAGCAGCCCCCGCCGCAGCCGCCACCUCCGCCCCCGCCGCCCCCGCAACAUGCCCCGCAGCAAACCCAGCAACAACAGCAGCAGCAGCUCUCGCGGGCGUCGCCGCAGCUCAUCCAGCACCUGCAGCAGCAGCACCAGCAGCAGAUACACCUGCAGCAGCUGCAGCAGCAGCAGCAACAGUUACAGCACCAGCUGCAGCAGCAGCACAUGCAGCCGCAGCAGAUACCGCACCAGCAGGUGGUGAUGCACGCGGCUUACAUCAAUCAGGCUGGCACGCCCACCCGGCCGGCGCCGCCGCGGAUCCUGAACCAGGCGCUGAGCAGCCCUGGCGUGACGUUGGUACGCACGCCGGUGCGCACGGUGCGCCCGCGCAGGCCCGCGGCGCGCCCGCCGCUGCCCGCCGCGCAGAUGCAAGUGCCUGCCAGGCUGCUGAACCCGCAACAUUCACAGACAACCUUCCUGACGCUGCGAGCCUGCAUAUUUUUGUCAGCUUUUGCUGGUUUCGAAUCGAAAAACUAG